UUUGUGAGGAUGAAGCUGGGAGUGUAAUCAGAAAUGGCGGUGCCAACAUUGAAGUUGAGGUGCUUUCCCACCGCACUCCAAUUCCACUCUAACCUUCCUUCAUUCUCCACCCUCCCCCGCCCUCUCCUCUGCCACGCCGCCACCACCGCCAACAGAAACAACAAGAGGAGUAAGAGUAAUAAUAACACUGCUCCUCCUCCUUCUUCCCCUCUUCCCAAACCACCAGCUGGAUUCGUCGUCGACCAACGCGGCAAGCUUGUCUCCGCUUCCAAGCACCGCCUUGCCACUCUCGUUGAUCCGGCAAACAAUCUUCCCUUGGAGUGUGUGGUUAGGAGAGAGUUCACCAGCUCUCAAGGCCACCAGUGCAUGCUGCUCUGCCCCGUCGACUUGCCUAUCCAAAUAUUGAGGAGUACUGGUGUUGGGUGGUCCGAUGUCGUUGAUGUGGAACUUGAAUCUAUCAUGCCUGCUGCUGCCUAUGCACUUGCCAAGAUACGCAUGUAUUUGGUUUACAGUGGAUACUGUUACACGGCUCGUGGUGGAUUUUGCUACUCAGAAGAGAACAUAUUUGACUUUCAUCCAGAUGGUAAAGAGGCAGAUGACUCACCAACUGAAGGUGUAGAAAUUACACAUUUCAGUCAGGAAGGGGAACACUACAUGAUUUAUACACCAUCUGAUCCACUUCUUUUUGUUGCUGUCAAGGAUCAAAAUGGGAUGUUGCAAAUUGCUGAUGAUGAACUUCUUGAGGAUCCAGCUGUCUCUAGCGCCAUAGAUGAAGAGACCGAAUUCAAUACCUUGGUGGAGGAAGAAGCUGCACUUCUUGACUCAUUGUUGGGUAAAAGAUAACCAGAAAGUAUAGUUUCCUCUGAAAUGCCACCAAAUUCUGCUAAGUAUAGUUUCCUCUGAAAUGCCACCAAAUUCUGCUAUUUCUAUUUUUUGUAUAGGAUCAAUUUUGUAUUGUGUGUAUGCAUGUGCUUUUUUAUGUCUAGUGCAGUAGUGCUAAUGUUAACAUGUAACAAUCCUUCUUGAGAUUUAGAUUUCAUUUGAUAUAAGCUUUAGCGCUUAAUGUGAUUAUUAUAAAGAUUGCAUGAUAUGGAGGCAAUGUAAUAUUGGACCAUUAUUCAAAUUUUAACGGCAGAAUAAAUCGUUGUCAGAGGUG